CUCUUAGAUUGGCAUACCAUCACCCUCUUCAUCAAGCAAAAAAAAAAAAAAAAGCACCUUGAAGAUUACAAUGAAGAAGAGCUCCAUGCCUCAUCCUUACCACAGCUCCAAAGUUGCAGACCCUAAUGUUAAUGGUGAUCAUUUGAAAGAUAACAGAGGCGUCAGGUCCAACGUGACAGAGAAAAAGUCAGCUGCUGGUGCUGCCACUAAUAAGCUGGAGAAAAAGCCAUCCGUCGACAUAAACGAAAGUGCGGAGGCCUUCAUCCAGAAAUUCAGGCACCAGCUUUUGCUCCAGAGGCUUGAGUCCAUUGAAAAUUAUGAGAAAAUGUUGGCUAGAGGACUCUGAUCAUCGAUGCACUGGUAUACUCUCUAUUAUGAUUUACGAAUAUGGAUAUGAAGUGCUGAAAUGAUGAUCAUGUAAAAGAAUAUUAUAUAUAAAAUUCUUCAUAUUAUUUUAAAAGUAUAAAUAAAUACAACCAUUUCCAUAUUAGCUGCUCACGAAUGUUUGUAGUGGUUUUAUUAUGCUCCUUAUAUGAUUGGGUUGUUUCAUUGAGGGACGGAAGUUUUCUGGCUCUUCAGUAAUUUGGUCUGAAAAGAGAAGUAAACAAAUUGUGCUUUUUGAUCUUA